GACUUUCUUGCAACAUGUUCGCUUUUAAAUUACUAAUAUUUUGUACAACAAUAUUAUUUCAAGUUCAUCAAGUGCAUUUAUUAAAUAUAUUGGGAAUUUUUCCAUAUCAAGGUAAAAGCCAUUUUAUUGCUCAUGAAGCAUUGCUGAAAGAUUUAGCGCGUAGAGGGCAUAAUGUUACAGUUGUAUCCUAUUUUCCACAAAAGAUCCCAAUAGAAAACUAUCAUGACAUAUCCCUCAAAAGUGAAGAAAACAGUUACGAAAACUAUAUGGCAAUAGACAAUCCUUCAUAUUUCAAAAUAAUUUAUAGAAGCAUGUAUUUAGCAUUUCUGGGUAACGGGAAUUGCAAGGCGUUACUAUCGGAUGGGAAUGUUCAGAAUUUAUGGAAUAACAACAGGAAAUUUGACGUGGUAGUAAUAGAACAAUUUAUUAGUGACUGUGCCUUAGGCAUAACUCACGAACUUAAAGCUCCAGUUGUCGGAGUUACUGCGCAUUCCUUGAUGCCGUUUCAUUACAAUCGAUUCGGAGUACCACAGCACCCAGCAUUUACACCAUGUCAGGUACUAAACGGGGGAAAGAAGACAAGUUUAAUUCAAAGAAUAGAAAGACUUAUAUUCACUGUAUACUAUCAUUAUAUCGUCAGAAUUUUAUCACAACGUAUGGAUCAAUACAUAAUCUCACAGUAUUUAAAGAACAUACCACCUCUUGAAGAACUAGGGAAGGAAAUAAAAUUCUUACUUCUCUAUGAGCAUUUUGUGCUUUUUUCUCCUUACAUUUUGCCUACUAAUGUCAUACCAGUAGGAGGUUUCCAUGUGGCUAAAGUGAAACCAUUACCAAUGGUGAGUAAUUAUUUAUCUAAUUAUGAUAACUCUGUUUCAUUAAAAUAUUCAACAAUUUUAUUUUUAUUUCAAGGCACUUUCAAAAUUUAUAGACGAAUCCAAAUAUGGGGUUAUUUAUAUAAGUUUUGGAACAAUAUUAAGAUGUACGUCUAUUGCACCCGAAAAAUUAGAUGCUAUAACAGGAGCCAUUCAAAAACUUCGUCAAAGAGUUAUUUGGAAAUGGGACUCAGACUCUCUGCCAAUCAAAUCGAAGAAUGUUUAUAUAUCAAAAUGGCUGCCUCAAAAUGAUAUUCUAGGUAAUUUGACAUACAUUAUCAUCCAAUCGUCCAAUAAU